CGGGAAACUUGGGAAACUUUCCCGACGAUUCCUCAGGGGUACCGCGCCAUCUCCGCCUGGCGCCCGGCGACGCGCCCACCCGGAACAUGAUACUCAAGAGAAGAUCAACUUUGAGGUCCACAUGAGAGAAGGCAUCUGCAAACUGCUCUCAGUGAGCACGCACAAGGAGCAGCUCCUGUGUGCAGUGAAGAACCUGAUGGUUUGCAAUGCUCGCAUACGGGCCUAUGGGGCAGAGCUGCAGGGCCAAAAGGAGGACCCCAGUCCGGGAAGGACUGAUGACCAGUCUUCAGAAAACGGGACAAAGGACUGGAUGGCAUGCAGAGCAAAGAUUGCUAUAUCAGAUGUUCGAAUACCAUUAAUGUGGAAACGCUCUGACCACUUCAGCAAAAAAGAAAAAUCGCAGCGCUAUGCAGUGUUUUGUUUAUUCAGAAUGGGGGCUGAGGUUUUUGAUACUGAAGUGACCAUUGUGGAUGAAGCAAUAACAGAUAUCUGUUUUGAAAAUGUAACCAUAUUUGAUGAAGCAAGCCCAGAUUUCCAGGUGAAGGUUGAAGUAUAUAGCUGCUGUAUAGAGGAGCCUUUAUAUAUAACAAACACUCCUAAGAAACUGGCAAAGAAAUUUAAAAUGUCCCUCAGCAAAGCUACUGGGAAGAAACUCAAAGCUGCACUGGAGGAAGACAUCAUUGAGCCCCUUUUGCCUGCUGACCCAGUCAUUCAUGGAGCAAAGUACAGUUUGCUAGCAUCCACCACUUUGGGGCUGGAAAGUGCUGAGGACAAUUUCAGGACCCACAACCUUACCAUUACAGGAAAUGAGGACUCCUCUUUUUGGCUACCCCUGUAUGGAAACAUGUGUUGCCGUUUAGUUGUCCAGCCCUCCUGCAUGGCCAAGGAUAUGAUGGCAGGAUUUCUAAAUCAGCAGCAAAUGGUAGGAGGUGUAACGAGCUGGAGGAGGCUGUAUUGCAUACUGAGAGGUGGAAAACUCCUUUGUUAUUACUCACCAGAAGAAGCUGAGGCUAAAAUGGAGCCAGCACUGAUGGUUUCCAUCAACAAGGAAACCAGGAUUCAAGCUGUUGAUAAGGACUCCAAGAGAAGAGCUAACAACUUCUCUGUUAUCAACCCCAUGUCUGGAGAGGGUGUGAAGCAGCAUUUUGCUACUGACAGUAGGAAUGAACUUCACAAAUGGAUGGAGGCUUUCUGGCAGCACUUUUAUGAUCUGAGCCAGUGGAAACAUUGUUGUGAGGAACUUAUGAAAAUUGAGAUUAUGUCACCACGGAAACCACCUUUGUUCUUGACAAAGGAAGCGACCUCUGUCUACCAUGAUAUGAGCAUUGAUUCUCCAGUAAAAUAUGAGGGCUAAGCUGAUAUCAUACAAAGGAAAAUUGAAGAGAGUGAUGGUGAGUUCCUGCUUGGCCAUGAAAAAGAGUCUGCAUCUGCCCUAUGGGCAUCACUCUUUGAUGGAUCUCAUGAGAUGACUGUUGAGAAAAACAUGCAUCUGGACCCCAAAAGAUAUACUACAAGUCCUAAUGGCAGCAGAGGAAAGAAAAGAGCUCCAUCUCCACCCUCUGAUAAGUCACCAUACAGUGCAAAAGCACAGGUGAGCACAGAGCAACUGGACAAGGAAAACUGGAGGAAGCCUGACCAUACAUCUGCCAGUAGCUCUUCCUUUGAGUCAGUGUUAUCUACAAAAAUGCAGCAGCUGCAAACCCCUAUUGCUCCUCCUCGCAAAAUUGGUCCUUCUGGAAAAAGUGUUUUAGCUGGCCUGGGGAAUCCCAUUUCUCUGCUGAGCAAGACCAAGUCUGAAACCAAACCAGUACCAACCCCUAGACAGAAGGGCAUCACAGAAAUACUAGACCCCAGGUCCUGGAUGCAUCCAUAGGCAUCAUAUUUAGCUUAAAGGAGUCUUUGGAAUUUAAAGUUUCUCAGCAUUCUCCUAAUACUCUUCAUUAAAAGUAGAUUUUAGCAUAUAGCUCAAGUGUUUCCUGUAAUCCAGGGCAUUACUGCUAGCUGCAGCCUCAGCUGUAUUCACUAGUGCUCAUCUAAAUAAUGUGGGGGGGAGUGGGGUGGGGGGGUGUCUCUGUCUGGAGUAACAGUGCUAUUUCUGAAAACAAUAGUUCAGUACUUUCCUCUUGAAAAAAACCACAGUGUUCAGGUUAACCUCAGUUGUCCCCACAGCAGGGAUGUUACCAGUGCCUCCUACCAGUCCCUCAGCCUAGCCCAGCCACAGCUCCUCAGACUACUUAAGUGGGAAUUCACACAUAUUUCAGCACAGAUCUUGCAAAGCUGAUUUUCUUGGCCUUCAUGCUUGCUGCAUCUUCUCUCUCCCUUGCUGUUUAGGAAACACUGCUUAUAUGGUAAUCAAGUAUGAAAAGCUUUUGUGCUGUUCUGAAUGGCUCUGUAACACCAUAUGAAUUUCUGAGGCAGUUCUAUCAAUUUAGUGUGAGAUUUCCCAAGUUCCUGCUGGUUCAUGUGCUACUGGAAUGUACCAGGGUCUUUGAGCAAAGAUGUGAUCCAUCACUGCUGUUUAUUUUGGGCUAAGACAAGGGUUUAAAAGCAGUUGCUGGGUAUGCACAUGUGCUCAUCUUAUGGUUGCUUUUCCUGACAAACCUGGCUCCUGACAAACCUGGCUCUGUAACAUAGCUCCUCCUUUGUGGAGCCUCUCAGCUGUUCCUGGUAGUGAACUGGUUUGUAAACAGGCAGUGUUACUGGUAAGUAAACAGGUUUUUCACCACUUGUUCUUUCUGCAAUAGCAGAGAAGAAGCACUUCAGGUGACGAUACUGAACUUUGAUAUUCUUUCAUCAGACUGUUCAUCACUUCUGUAAGAAGUAUGGGUUGUUAGGGUUCCUGUGGCACCUCCAGCACAUCUACUGCAUAAGGAAAAGCUGUAUGCUCCCAGAUCCACAGUUUAAAUACCCAACAGUUUCCUUGGUUGAUGCAUUUGUCUCAGAUGCUGGAACUUAUCCAAAGACAAAGGUCUGCUUGCAGUUUUCCCUUUGGAGUCUUGGUGCUCAGACCUGUGUUGAGAGGGUCAAAUAAGCAACUGUAUACAUAUAGUUCAUUUUUAUUAUUUUUUUUUCCAAAGUGUGGAUGACUCUGGGAGCUUUACCAUUUCUCCAGAAGACACUAUCGGCAUGGUUGGUUGAUUUUAUCUAUUUUUUUGUCUUCUGCUAAGCUCUUGGCUGCACAGUUGUAAAGGUAUUUGCUGAAUUCCCUCAGUAGUUCAUUUGGGAUGGGGUUUCAAGGCAAGUUUCAUUUACAAAUCCUUUUGCAGGAUUAGAGCCCUUUGUUCUAGAAUGUCCUUGUUCAUUCUUUGUUUAAUCAUAUUCCAUUUUCCCUCUGAAACAACCAUAAUCAUUAUUACAAUAAAUCAUGCUCUUACUUAAGUGGAUGGUUUGUGAAGAGCUUAUAAAUAGGAACAGAAAAACUGAAGAAAAACUACAUGAUUAUGUAAAUCAGACAGUGAACUAAGUGGACUGUACAACUCUGAGCAAGAAAUGGGAAAAAUUUGGGCAUGGGGGGAAUCAUAUUUUCCAAAAUGCAACUGCAGUUUAUUUAGUUUUAAAUCUAGCCCUAAAUGUUUCUGUGCUCAGAAAGAAAAAAAAACUUUUAUUGGUAACCCCCUUUCAUUUUGUAGU